AUGGCCCACCAGCCACACAAAAUUCCAUGGGAUCUGAUAGCAUCUCUGUUACGCUGGUCAGACGGCACUUCCGGCGACUACGUCCGCAAUUCCAAAAGCUUACCUUCUUGCCCAUUCAGAACCCCACGUCGGAAGUUGAGCGAAUUUUCCAGAAUCGUUUCCGAUCUUCUAGAAGAGGCUGUAGCAUCUGCAAGGGCCAAAUACCCUGCACGAUACGACCCUCCAGCCGACAAUGAAGUAUUGCUUGAUGAUCGAAUAAUAAGAAAGAUCGAAGACGAUGUGUUCCAGUGGCGGGAGAGCCCCGAUGCCAUCGAAACCGGGGUAGACAAGAGUCCCCCGAUUCCACGAGAGAUGAGGCUCACGUCUGCAUUCUUACAUGACCUACGAGAACAUGAUUGCGGCAAUUUCACGGAGGUCAAUGGGAAGGGCUUUUUCAACCUUGAAAUCAUCAAGCUCUUGAUCAUCCAUGGCGAGAUGGAACCAGUGCUUCGUGCAUGCGCCCAUGAAAAUGCGACAAUCGGCAAGUGGGAGCGUGUGGGCCGGUGUCAUUGCAGAACGGGAACCUAUGACGCCGGCUGGGACAUGCUCCACAGACAUGCCUUAUCGGCGUACCUGAGUCUUAAUAUAAUCUACUGCCUCCCCGAGUUCUGGGAUCCAGCAGCAGGUGGGAAACCCGAGAAAGACUACCGGGAUACAAGAACAUACCAAGCAAUGCUGAGAGAUUGCACCGCUCCUAGCACGACCUCCGAGGUUGUGACCUACCCCCAUCGAAACUUCUUCGACAUAGCUCCUGACCUGUUCCCCACAUUCGAGGCCAGCGUAGCAGACAAAGAGCGCUGGCGCAAUAAACUAGACUUUUGCAGCCAGCGGGGAACAAUCAAAAAGAAGCACUAUGGAAUCUUGCCCUUUGACGACUUCAUCACUCUGGAGAAUCCACGGCCUCAACAUAUCCCCGAUGCAUCCGAUGUCACUAUCGUUCAGGGCAUCCUGUUGCAAUAUCUACCAUUUGAGCUCGUCCUGCUCGUCAUGGAGGGGGCGAGGUAUCACGCUAAAAGAAGUCUCACUAUACCGCACGACCCGCUGCAUCCAUUGAACCGAAAGGCGUUAGACGAAUAUCUUGUACACUGCUGGCAGAUACUGGUCCGCUGUCGAAUGAUGGACAAGGAAAUUGAUCCGUACGGGAGCAAGUGGUAUUCCAAUAUUUCCUAUGCAAUGCGUAGACUCUGGGAAUUCAGGGACCCCCAGGGUGCUUGA